AGGAUCAGAGAUUUUCUGAGAAUAAAUCCGCCGGUCUUCACGGGCUCCAACGUUGAUGAAGACCCCCAAAAUUUCAUUGAUGAGAUGUGGAAAAUACUAAAAGCGAUGCAUGCUACAGAGAUUGAGGGGGUUGAAUUGGUGUCCUAUCAACUCAAGGAUGUGGCAAAUGUCUGGUAUAAUCAGUGGGAAGAAAGUAGAGGUAAGGAUGCAGAGCCUGCUCUUUGGGAUGAGUUUGAAAGAGCAUUUCUUGAUAACUUCUUUCCCCAAGAGCUACGUGAAGCAAAAAUUGAGGAGUUUGUGAACCUCAAGCAAGAGAGUAUGACUGUGAAAGAGUAUAGUUUGAAGUUUAUUCAAUUGUCCAAAUAUGCCCCAGAAAUGAUUCCUCAUAUGAGGUCUAAGAUGAGGAAGUUUGUCUCUGGCCUAGGCAAACAUGUAAAGAAAGAAUGUAAGGCAAUGCUAAUGAUUUCUGACAUGGAUUUUUCUAGAUUGAUGGUGUAUGCUCAGCAGGUUGAGGAUGACAAGAAAAAGGACCGAGAGGAACACCUAAGCAAGAAGGCUAAGUCUGCUGGGCAUGAGAAUGAGCAGAAGCAAGCUACAUUAUCUUUUGUGACUCCUUACUUGGCUAGUAAAUUUGAGAUCCUUCCUGAGUGUCUUCUUGAGCCUUUCAGCGUGUCUACUCCUGUUGGUGAGUCUAUCUUAGCUGAGAGGUUUCCUGAAGUCUUUCCUGAGGAUCUACCCGGAAUCCCUCCUGAUAGAGAGAUAGACUUUGGUAUUGAUGUCCUUCCUGAUACACAACCUAUCUCCAUUCCUCCUUAUAGGAUGGAUCCUGCUGAGUUGAAAGAGUUGAAAGAACAACUGAAAGACCUGCUAGAUAAGGGGUUUAUUAGGCCAAGUUUUGCAUACAAUAAUAGUUUCUAUUCGAGUAUUCAAAUGGCUCCUUAUGAAGCUCUGUAUGGGAGGAGAUGUAGAUCACCAAUUUGUUGGUUUGAAGUUGGUGAAGCUGAGUUGAUUGGACCAGACUUGGUUCACCAAGCUAUGGAGAAGGUGAAGGGUGUGAUGAGAUUUGGCAAGAAAGGGAAGCUUAGUCCCCGCUACAUUGGUCCUUAUCAGAUUAUGAGGAGGGUAGGUAACGUAGCCUAUGAAUUGGAGUUCAUUGGAGUGAAAGAGAGCUUGAGUUAUGAAGAGAUUCCAGUUCAGAUUCUUGAUCGCCAGGUUCGCAAAUUAAGAACUAACGAAGUAGCAUCUGUC